CUUUGGUCUGUACUAGAUAGUAGAAAAAGCCGGUAAGAGAUUCGAUAGACGACGUGGACAGCAGUAAUGGCGAACAUAGAAUCCGAAGCAAUCGAUUUUGAGCCAGAAGAGGAUGGCCUUAUGGACGAAGAUGCAGGAGCAGCUGACGUGUCACCACGCGCUGCGCAUCCGAGGCUUAGGUCAGCUAUCGCGGGCGAUUCAGCGAAUAAGAAGACCAAAGGCCGUGGGUUUCGCGAGGACAAAGAUUCUGAUCGCCAGCGCCGCCUUUCCUCCCGCGAUUUCGAGUCUCUAGGUUCCGAUGGCGGUCCUGGCCCUCAGCGAUCUUGUGCAAGCGAGAACAAGUGUAAUGUGUGUGGCUUGAUGAUUGUUAUAAAGGUUUAUAACUGUUGUGAUAAUGUCCUUGUCCACAUAGCCAUUGAGGGAUGGAUUAUUCUGGUCAUCGGAGUUCAUGAGGAGGCACAAGAGGACGAUGUAACAAAUGCUUUUGGUGAAUUUGGAGAGAUUAAGAGUUUACAUCUCAAUCUUGAUCGCCGUACUGGUUUUGUCAAGGGCUAUGCUUUGAUAGAAUAUGAGAGGAGUGAAGAGGCACAGAAUGCUAUCAAAGCAAUGAAUGGUGCUGAGCUUCUUACACAGAAUGUCAGCGUUGACUGGGCCUUCAGCAGUGGACCCAAUGCAGGAUCUUACAGGAGGAAGAACUUGAGGUCUGGGAGAUCACAACGUUCAAGAAGCCCGAGAAGACGCUUCUGAUUGUAUGAUGUGGUUCGAGAGUUGCCUCCACAUCUCUCUCAGUACUUCGGAUUCUAUCUCCAUCUGUAAGUUGCGAGUGUUUCAACUCUUUUUUUCCUGGGUUGCAUAGGUUUGGCUGUUUUGUACGCCUUGUUUAAUCUUAUGCAUUCGCAUAGGGUUGUUGGCGUUUGUAACACCACGAGAUAUGUUUUAAUGCUUAUGGUUUGGGAGAAGUUAGUUGAGGAGAAGACGCUUUCAUUUCAAUAUCAAUAUUAACAUCGUUUUCCUUAACCGUAAGUAACAAAAAGUCAUCAAAGGUUCGAUGAUUAGAGUUUGUGUACUUGCUUGAUACUCUUAAGUCUUAACAGUAUGCAUGCUUUCUUGUACGAAUUAAACAACUAUC